UGUUAGAUAACAUCCGGUAGGGUUCCCUGCCUCGUCGUUUACCGUUCACAGAUUUGGUUGUCUCAGUCACCACUAUGUCUGUCGAGAACAUCCACAUCAAUGAUGUUCCUAAUGAUGUCGAUAUUUUUGAGUCUGUUGUGAUGCAAGAAGAAAGUUCUGUGAAGGCAGGUUAUUUGGCUGGUUUGAACCAUGGUACUGAAAAGGGUCAAGAAGAUGGUUAUCAACUUGGAUAUUCCUUGGGAUGCAGUGUUGGAAAUGAGAUCGGCUUCCUAAAGGGAUUUGUCUCAACAUGGUUGGCGUUACUUGACCAAUCUCCUGAUACUAAAGAGAAAACUUCCAAGGCAUUAACGUCUCUGCAAACUCUUCUUGGUAAAUAUCCUCUUGGAACUGUGAAUAGCACGUGUGUCACAGACCUGAAAAUGAUCCAAGCAAGAUUUAAAAAGGUUGUGUCGUUGCUGGAUAUAAAUAUUAGUUGGAGUCAGACGGCAUCCAAACAAGAAAGCUUAUCGUUUUAGCAAUCUGCUUUGUUUUGCUGAUUUUUUUUGAUUUUUUUUUUUUUUGCGAGGAGGUCGAGAGAGAGAAAAUAAUGAAUACACAGACGCACACACAUAUAAAGAGAUCCUGAUGUCUGAACUGUGUGAAGAAACCUCUGCAUUGAAACAACUUCUGGUGACUGUGUCUAAUGUUUUAUUCCUACCCUCAAGGUACCUCACCGGGCCAAAUGCUGAACUGCAUUUACUCCAAUUUUGCGUUCUGCAUUGAAGUUCCGCCAGGGUCGACUUUGCCUUUCAUCCCUUCAGGGUUGAUAAAAUAAGUACCAGUUGAAUACUGGGGAGUCGAUGUAAUUGACUCAACCCCUCCCCACAAAAAUUGUUAACCUUGUGCCAAAACACUUGAAACUAAUAUUUAUUCCUACACAACUCAGUGCCACACAAGAAUCUCUGAGUCAUUCUUAAUAUCAGUGUUCUUCCUGUGAAAAUUGGGGUUUAAGUUUUUACAGUAAUGGAGAGGAGUGGGGGGAAUGUUUGUUGUUGCUUUGUUUUGUUUUGUUUUUUUAUUUUGUCUUUGUUGUUAUUUUAUUGGCAGUAAUUUCGAUAUGUGUGAAUUUUGCAAAUGUAAGUAAGAACUUGAUGCCAUUACCAAAAAAAAUGUUUGCUGCAAGUCAUCAUUGAUUUCUCACAACGCCUGUCUGCUGUUAAUUCCAUUUGUGAAUGUGGACUUAGUUUCCAUCGAAAUUAAGUUUGGUAGGGAAUGGGUAUAACUUGCAGAUACUACACACACAUCUGAAGAAUUUGAUGACCAAAGAGUGGCAAAUUCAAAGCAAUUAGUAAAAAAAAUAUUAGCUUUGGUGUGACAGAACUAAUUAACAUGUGACAACUGACCUAAAAAAAAAAA